CGCGCCAACCGCUCGCGUUCGUUAUUUGAAUUUAAAUCAAACUUUAUAUCGAUCGCGCGGCAGUUUGCACUUUUAACUUUUUUAUUUUGUUUUUUAAAAUGUGGACAUCUCUUUUUUAGAAAAUUAUUUUAAACUAAGUGAUUGACUGAUUGUGUUUUGUGUGCCGUUGGUUUUUUAAAUACUUUAAAAUGUUACGAUACGUGGUACCACUAAUCCUCCUAGCAUCAACAGCAAGUGGCAUAUCAUACAACUCGUUGAAGUACUCGGCAGCCUCACCAGCCCAGAUCAGAUUCGCUGUCGAGAACAAAUACGACGACACAGGACCUGGAGCCAAACAACCGGAUUACGCCUAUCACACUUACAAGAACCUCGAUGACGCCCUAGUCGCUUACUUAGAUGACCCAGACACUAAGCUACCAGAACACGAAAGGGCCAGAGCCAUAGCCAAUCUGUACAAACCUACGAAUUUUGACGGUGAUAACUUCAUACCAAAUCCAACAAGAGUCGAUGCUUUCACUGGCAACAAAUUGAAGGUAGUACCAAUUGUUUUGAGUACUUAUAACAAGUAUGAUGUGGAGCCUAAAGGGCUGAUGACUGCUUAUGAACUGAAAGGCUUGCACAGCAAUGAUGCUGAUAGGAAUAGAGAUCCUUAUAAAUGGCAGAAAGAACGAGCUGUAAAGUCCAGUAGACUGAGCAUAUCUCACUACAAUAAGAAUGACAAUGACCCUCAGACAUUCUCUUAUGAUGUCCCUACCAACGAGUCCCCCGACCGGACGGAACUUCGCGACGAAUCCGGCGCAGUGGCAGGGUCCUACACAGUGGUACAACCCGACGGCAGACGACGCACUGUGCACUACCACGCCGACCCGCAGCGAGGGUUCCGAUCCUCUGUGCAGCGCAUCUUUUCAUAGAACACUUUCCAACCAAGAGUCUAAUCUAAAAGACUUAAACUCAAACCUCAAAAAAAUCUUUAUUCGUUAAGUAACGUAGUUAAACUUUGAAUCGUCAAUUUUUAUAUUUAAAUAUAAUUUUUGUCGAACGUCUCAUCCGCUCAAAACUACUGCAGCUUCUCACAACCUGUACUUAUAGCCGGAGAAAUAUAAGAAAAGCCUAGGCACAGAGCCCUAGACUCAAGCAAAACUAAAAAAAAAGCAAUUCAAGCCUUUUCAAGACUCAAUUUACCCAUUCAUGACCCUAUGUCUAACUUACCUAUGUUAACUACUGAAUAAAAUGAACUGAAUAAAUUUCCCUGGCUGUACAGGUUGUAAAAAGCUUCAGGCGAAUGACCUCAUCUCUCAAGCUUCUUACAACCAGGGAAAAGCAAGAAAAACCUCUUCACAGGGCCCCAGACGUUCUUAAAAGAAAACAAAUUUGUUUUGUGUAUUAGGUUACUUACCUAUUUUUUACUUAUGGCCAACUUUUAAGAAAAAGAAGCAAAUAAUGUACCACCGAGGUUACGGAGGUACGUUCACGAGCAUUAUUAUGUAUACACUUUGGUACCAUGUCACAUUAACUUUUUUGACAAAUAGAACAGUAAGUCCCGCCACUAAAUGUCAAAUAUGUUAGUGCGACAGAGUCCUUAAGUGGGUACAUUAUAUUGCUCAUGACUGUACCUAUAGAAGCGCUUUCAAUUACUGUUCCUUAUAAGUACUUGCUUUUUUCAUUCUUGCCAUAAAUUGUUAUUGUUAGUAUCUUCACUUGUAAUUACCUCAAUAAAUGUAGAGUAAAACAAUAUUUCAAUAUUUUUGAUACCAUUUUGUAAUCAUGUCAUCAUUUCAUUAUAAUUAUCUCAUAACUUAAACUCUAAGCACCAGUCGAUUUUAAUAGUCAAGUAAUUUUUAUCUACGUUCAUAAUUUUAGCUUGUAAAGUCUGCUAUGAUAGAGAAUAGAUUGUACUUACUUUGUAGAGUAAUUUAUUCUUAGAUUUCCAAUGUAGAGUAAACCAGUAUAUAACGAAUGUUUAUAUUGCAUCCUCGAGGGUUAUACUAUGAAUCUUCUUACUCUAUGUUAUUAUACGUCAACCUUUUAAUAAAUAAAAUAAUUUUCGGCCAACCGUGUAUAACAGAUAGCUUACAGUCGUUGAUACGCCAUCACUGAAAUGUUUCAAAAGUAGACUUAAAUGUUGGCUACUCGAACACACUUUCUAUAGCUUUGAACAAUUUUUAACUUGAGAACCAUGAUUGUAAAUCUAAUAAUAAAUGAGACAUUUUGUCACGUUUUUCUUAAACGUCACAGAUUGCUUUUUCAUACAAAUUCCAUUCGUGUUUUGAUGUUUAGUAAAAAGUAACUGAUUUGACUAGUUGGAAACUACUCUAUGCAGUGCCAAGGGCAUAUUACCGUUGUUUCUAUGAUCUGUGGUCUAUAAUUUCGACUUGUUAUUGUAUACUUCAGCUGAACGACUUAUAUAAAGUUUGUUUUUGUCAUCUCUAGGACAGCGAUGUAAACCACAUGAAUAGUUUUUUUAAUGCUAGUUGUUGUAGACGUUCUUUAAUAGGGAAAAUAUUAAUGACAAAUGCUAUUUUAUUUCCUUUUAUGCGUCAUGUAAUGAAAUGAUACUUAUGUCAUCAUAAUACUUUUUUUUUCUAGCAAUACCUAUGGCUAUUGGCCAGUACCUAAAUUGUAUCAAAACCUUGUUGAUUGAAAACUUUUUUUACAGACAAGCUUAAAAAAUGUAAACUUGUUGCGCGUUAGUCAAAAUGCUAAUAGGUCAAUAUGCGAGUGUGUCGAAUUGCGAGUUGGUCAUUAUGCGAGUUUAAUUGGUAUUGGUCAUUAUGCAUAUUGGUCGUUUUGCUUAGGCGUCAUUAUACGUGUUGGUCGUUAUGCUUGUGUGUCAAUAUUCGUAUUACCUGUUGGUCAUUGUGCGUAUUGGUCAUUGUGCGUCAAAAGGUUCUAAGUUAGCAAUGUAAACGCCAAUGUCAAUUGCUAAGAAAUAAGUUGUAUUAUUAUAAUGUUCUAAUUAAACUAUUUCGUAAUCGUAAACAGAUUA